GGAGGAGCAGGGCGGCGGUGGGUGGGUCUGACGUGAGGCGACUCGAUUCUCCUGCGCGCCGCCUUCUACUACUUUCCGCUCGCGGGUGUCUUUGACAUGGGGCUGCAGCAGAUGUGGAGGCUCGUGUGGAGGUUUAAUUCAUUCAAAAGAACUGAUAUCAUACUGCAACAUUUGAGAAUGUCUAAGCACACGGAUGCAGCAGAAGUACUAUUGGAAAGAAAAGGUUGUGCAGGAGUGAUAACACUAAAUAGACCAAAGUUCCUAAAUGCACUGAAUGUUAGUAUGAUUCGGCACAUUUAUCCACAGCUGAAGAAUUGGGAACAAGAUCCUGAAACUUUCCUGAUCAUUAUAAAAGGAGCUGGUGGAAAGGCUUUCUGUGCUGGGGGUGAUAUCAGAGCGAUCUCCGAAGCUGGAAAGGCAAACCAGAAGAUAGCUCAAGAUUUCUUUAGAGAAGAAUAUAUGCUGAACAAUGCCAUUGGUUCUUGCCAGAAACCAUAUGUUGCACUUAUUCAUGGAAUUACAAUGGGUGGGGGAGUUGGUCUCUCAGUUCAUGGGCAAUUCCGAGUGGCUACUGAAAAGUCUCUUUUUGCGAUGCCAGAAACAGCAAUAGGACUCUUCCCUGAUGUGGGUGGAGGUUAUUUCUUGCCACGACUUCGAGGAAAACUUGGUUACUUCCUUGCAUUAACAGGAUUCAGGCUGAAAGGAAGAGAUGUGUAUGCAGCAGGAAUUGCUACACAUUUUGUAGAUUCUGAAAAGUUGGGCAUGUUAGAAGAAGAUUUGUUAGCCCUAAAAUCUCCCUCAAAAGAAAAUAUUGCAGAUGUCUUAGAUGCUUACCAUGCAAAGUCCAAGAUUGAUCAAGACAAGUCUUUUAUACUUGAGGAACACAUGGACAAAAUAAACAGUUGGUUCUCGGCCAAUACCUUGGAACAGAUAAUUGAAAAUUUACAGCAAGAUGGUUCAUCUUUUGCCCUAGAACAGUUGAAGGUAAUUAGUAAAAUGUCUCCAACAUCCCUAAAGAUCACACUAAGGCAACUCAUAGAGGGGUCUUCAAAGACCUUGCAAGAAGUAUUAACUAUGGAAUAUCGGCUGAGUCAAGCUUGUAUGGGAGGCCAUGACUUUUAUGAAGGUGUUAGGGCAGUUUUAAUAGAUAAAGACCAGAGUCCAAAGUGGAAACCGGCUGAUUUAAAAGAAGUUACUGAUGAAGAUUUGAAUGAGUACUUUAAAUCUCUGGGAAGUAACGAUUUGAAAUUUUAAGGUGACUAGAUUUUUAAGGGAUUAUUUUGGAGCAAGUUUCAGCAAACCAUAGUACAUGGGCCAGAUCCAGCCUGCUGCCUGUUGUUUAGUUUUCCACAAGCUAAGAAUGGUUUCUGCAUUUUUAAAUGGCUGAGGGAAAAAAAAACAAAAACAAAGACUAAUAUGUCAUGACAUGUGAAAAUUACAUGAAAUUCAAAUAUCAGUGUUCAUAAAUAAAGCUUUAUUGGAAAAUCACUGUACUCAGCUUUUUACAUAUUGUCUAUGGCUGCUUUGAGUAGUUGCAACAGAGACUGUAAGGCCCGCAAAGCCUAAGAUACUCUCGGAUCCUUUUUGGAAAAUGUUUGCCAACCCGUUUUAUAGAAAUGGGAAAAUUUGAAGGUCUUAAAUAUCUAAUUGAAAUGAGAGCCUUAUGUUUUGGCUUUGGGUAGUAGUUUUUAUGUUGAGUAAAUAAACUUAUGUAUAGAUUAUUAAAAAAAUAACC